AUGGGCCAGGAACAGUCGUACAUCGACGAUGACACCCCGCCUUUGACCCUGCGGGAGCGCAGCCUCACCGCCGUCGCCGACUUCAUCAAGUCCGGCCAGGCUCGCCGCAUUGUCGUCAUGACCGGCGCCGGCAUCUCCACCGCAGCAGGCAUCCCCGACUUCCGCUCCCCCACCACGGGCCUCUACGCCAACCUGUCAGCACUCAACCUCCCCGAACCCGAAGCCGUCUUCGACCUGUCCUUCUUCCGCCAAAACCCCCAACCUUUUUACGUACUCGCGCGCGAACUCUACCCGGGCGCGCGCUAUCGCCCGACGAUCUCGCACGCCUUCCUGGCGCUGCUCGCGCGGCGGGGCUUGUUGCACAUGCUGUUCACGCAAAACAUUGACUGCUUGGAGCGCGCGGCGGGCGUGCCGGCGGACAGGAUCGUGGAGGCGCAUGGGAGCUUUGCGUCGCAGCGGUGUGUGGAUUGCAAGGGGGAGUUUGAUGGCGAGGUGAUGAGGGCGUUUGUGGCGAGGGGGGAGGUGCCCAGAGCGUUUUUUGAGUUCAGCGGCAUGACGAAGGAGGCUGAUUUGAUUUUGGUCAUGGGCACCAGCCUGCAAGUGCAUCCCUUUGCCGGGCUGCCGAAUAUGGCCGAGGAAGAGACCCCCAGGGUCUUGUUCAACCUGGAGGAAGUCGGGUCGUUUGGCACGCGGGCGGAUGAUGUCAUGGUGUUAGGAGACUGCGAUGCUGGCGUGAGGAAGCUCGCCGAGGAACUUGGGUGGAAGGAUGAGCUUGAGAAAUCAUGGAGGGAGUUGGUCGGCGAUGAGGAGGCAGAGAGACAGUUGCAAGGGGCUAGUAAGAGGGUCGCUGCGCUGCAAGACGAGGUUACCAAACUGGCCGAGGAGGUUGACGAGGUGCUUCAUAUCGGCGACAAGGAGGCUGGGCACGGCACGGAGACAGGUGACCAUCAGCAGGUUCAUUCAACUCCAGACGUUAGCCCGGCAGAGGAUGCUAAGGCGCCUGAGGCAGAUUCAGCAACAAGGGCCGCUGAUCCCGUUGCUGAACCCCGGCCUGAGGACAAGACCGCGCUACAAAUUACCGACCACGAUGAAAACCGGAGUUCAGUGGGACAAGGGGGGAUGACAGACAACGAUAGAGGGACGACGGAGAAGGCAGCCUUGUAA